CACCCUCCUGUGUGUUUAUUAACUACAGCUCAGGGAGACGUUUGCCAGAGAAAAGAAUGGAGCCUUGUGUCCUGGGACCAGCCAUUUGAACUGGGGUUUCUUCUACUUCUGCCAUACCUGUGCCAUUCAGGAAGAGGCUGCUAACCUGGGCAGAAGGACUGUAAGUUGGUACCUGGCCUUCUCAGGCUUUCUUAGUGGCAACCCCAGAGUUUGGGGUCCUGAUGCCAUCCUGCAGGUGGUUCCAUCGUGACCUAAGUGGCAUAGAUGCAGAAGCCUUGCUCAAAGCACGAGGAGUUCAUGGCAGUUUUCUGGCUCGUCCCAGCCGGAAGAACAAGGGGGAUUUUUCCCUUUCUGUCAGAGUUGGUGACCAGGUAACCCACAUUCGUAUCCAGAAUACAGGAGAUUUUUAUGACCUCUAUGGAGGAGAAAAGUUUGCCACUUUGUCAGAAUUGGUGGAAUAUUACACACAGCAGCAGGGAUCCUUGCAAGAUAAAGAUGGAACCAUCAUAGACUUGAGGUAUCCGCUGAACUGCUCUGAUCCCACGACAGAGAGAUGGUACCAUGGGCAUCUUUCUGGCCCAGCAGCUGAGACCUUACUCCAAACCAAGGCUGCGCCAUGGACCUUCUUGGUGCGUGAAAGCCUUAGCAAGCCUGGCGAUUUUGUGCUGUCUGUCCUGACUGACCAGCCUAAAACUGGGACUGAUGCUACUCUGACUGGAGCCACCAGCAACCCCAAAGUGCGAUUCAAAGUCACCCAUGUCAAGGUCAUCUGUGAGAAGGGGCAGUACACAAUUGGGGGUGCAGAAAAGUUUGGAAGUUUGGCUGACCUGGUGGAGCAUUUUAAGAAGACAGGUAUUGAGGAGGCUUCUGGAUCCUAUGUACAUUUGAGACAGCCUUUCAAUGCCACCCGAGUGAACGCUGCUGACAUCGAGAACAGGGUGCAGAUGCUCAACAAGAGAAGCCAAAUGGAAGAGGCAGCCAAAGGUGGUUUCUGGGAGGAAUUUGAUAGCCUGCAGAAACAAGAGACAAAGAACUUGUAUGAUCGGCAUGAAGGCCAACGACUGGAAAACAAGAGCAAGAAUCGCUAUAAGAAUAUCUUGCCAUUUGACCACUCCCGGGUGAUCCUCCAAGACAGAGAUGUAAAUGUUUCUGGGUCUGAUUAUAUCAAUGCCAACUAUAUCAAGAACAAGCUGUUCAGUCCUGAGGAAUGCAGUAAAACGUACAUUGCUAGCCAAGGUUGCUUGGACGCGACGGUCAAUGAUUUCUGGCAAAUGGUGUGGCAAGAGAACUCCCGCAUCAUCGUGAUGACCACCCGGGAGGUGGAGAAAGGAAGGAACAAAUGUGUCCCCUACUGGCCAGAGGUGGGAAGCAGCAAAGAGUAUGGGCCAUACAUCGUGGAAAACACAGGAGAACACGAUGCCCUGGAGUAUAAACUCCGCCAGCUUCACCUUUCGUGGGUCAAUAACGACAAGGAUGUGAGAGACAUCUGGCAUUACCAGUACCUGAGCUGGCCUGACCAUGGCGUCCCAAGUGAGCCUGGAGGAGUUCUUGGCUUCCUUGCCCAAAUCAAUCUGAAGCAGGAGAGUGUGCCAGGGGCUGGACCCAUCGUAGUGCACUGCAGUGCUGGGAUCGGUCGGACUGGGACCAUCAUUGUCAUUGAUAUGAUCGUGGACAUGAUCUCCACAAAAGGGCUGGACUGUGACAUCGACAUCCCAAAGGCCAUCCAGAUGGUUCGGGCCCAGCGCUCCGGAAUGGUGCAAACCGAAGCUCAGUACAAGUUCAUCUACAUGGCCAUUUGCCAGUUUAUAGAGAUCACGAAGAAGAAGCUGGAUGUUAUGCAGUCUCAGAAAGGAAGACCAAACGAGUCCGAAUAUGGGAAUAUAACCUACCCACCGGCACAGAAGGCGUCGCACACAAAGGUUUCGCGGAAAUCCUCCAAGCAGAAGGAGGAACCAAUCCUCUAUGAGAAUUUAGAAAAUACCAAAGGGAAGAAUGAGGAGAAAAGGAAAACACCAUGGCCUUCAGGAAAGGAGAAGAAACCAAAGGGCUCCCUGAAGAAAAAGUAAUGCCACGCUGUUUCCAGUGAGGCUGCCUCAAUGUCUCCAUUCACAGCAGGCACUUUCUUGUUCUCUGCUAAGAACUUCCCCCAGAGGUUGACUGAACUAUGGAGAAACAGCCCAAGGCAUUUCAGGGUCUCAGAUGGAAGAUGCAAAUGGCACCUUCUCGAACGCGGUCCUCUCCCUCUUAUGACACAUCCAUGUUAUGUUUAGCUGACUGUGGGCAUGUUUGUAUGGGCUUGUUUUUUUUUGGGGGGGGGGCAGAAUCUCUGACACACAUUUCCAGCACAUGUGCAGACUGUGGUACUCAACAACUGUGACAUGACCAUCCUCCUCCAAUACCCCUUCGAUUUCCACAUAUCCCAGUAAAUCCAUUGAGAGUUCGAAACAUUCCCCCAUGUUAUUUCAGGCUACUUUUUCCUAAGACAUGGGCUCCAGAUUCUUCUGUUCCUCAUGACCUCUCAGCCAUUCCAGGCACCAGACCCUGCCAUAUCAAGACAUCAGAUACACUGCCUUUGAUUAAAUGUUGCUUCUAUAGCUUCACUUUCUUCCUGGUCUAAUUUCUUUCCAUUAUGUGUUUGAAU